UUUUUGUUUUUUUAGGAAAACGGAAGUGGAGUCACUGAGAGGUCGCCAGAAAUGGAAAGGAAAGUGAGCAGAAUUUGUCUUGCUUCUGAGCCCAACAUAACUUAUUUUCUGCAAGUGUGUUGGGAGGGAACGGUAGGAUCUGGUUUUGUUAUUACACUGACGGAUGGCCAUUCAGCCUGGACUGCGACAGUUUCUGAAUCGGAGAUUUCCCAAGAAGCUGAUGACAUGGCUAUGGAGAAAGAAAAAUAUGUUGAGGAACUGAGAAAAGCAUUGAUGUCAGGAUCAGGAACAGCAGACACAUACAGGUUCAUCUUUUCUAAAGAGUCCUGCCAUUUCUCCCUUGAGAAAGAACUGAAAGAUGUCUCAUUUAGACUUGGUUCCUUCAACCUAAACAAAGUUCCAAACUCAACUGAAGUCAUUAGAGAACUCAUUUGUUACUGCCUGGACACCAUUGCAGAAAAACAAGCCAGAAACGAGCACCUGCAGAAAGAAAAUGAAAGGCUCCUGAGAGAUUGGAACGAUGUUCAAGGCCGAUUUGAGAAAUGUGUGAGUGCCAAAGAAGCCUUGGAGGCUGAUCUGUAUCAGAGAUUUAUCUUGGUGCUGAAUGAGAAGAAAACAAAGAUCCGAAGCUUGCAUAAGUUGUUAAAUGAAAUCCAACAGCUGGAACAGAACAUGAAACCUGAAAGGGAAACUGCGUGUUCUGAAAAACCAACUGACCAAGAUGCAAUUUAUGAUGGAAGUACUGAUGAAGAAAGCGGAGCUUCUGAGCUGGCUACAGCCACUCAUUGUAAAGAUGAUUCCUUAUUUUCAAGUCCCGAUGUCACUGAUAUUGCGCCAAGUAGGAAGAGGAGACAUCAAAUGCUGAAAAAUCUUGGGACAGAACCUAAAAUGACUCCGCCGGAGCCGCAGCUGCAGGAGAAAGAAAGGCUUGCCUCUUCACUGCCUCAGACCUUGAAAGAGGAGCACACUUCUGCUGAAAACAUGUCUUUAGAAACCCUGAGAAACAGCAGCCCAGAAGAUAUCUUUGAUUAGAUACAAAUCCUAGAACGCGACUUUGGUGUUCAUUAAAGCACCUUCUUUAUCCAGUUCUUUCGUAUGAAAAGAGGCUUUCAACUUGGCAGCAAUGGUUACUAUGUUGCAGCUUCACACACACAGUGGAUUCCACAAGUGCAUGACAAUCUGAUUGGAUGACAGAGGGACACUUUUCUCUACCAUUCGUGUUGCCUAUUAAAUCUGAGUUUUGUUCCAAAGGGCACGUUUAUCAUAUUCCUUCACAUAUUAUUGUAACUUUCUAAUGAUUCUUGGAAGAUUUGGGGAAUAGGGCAAAAAAAAAAAUCUUCAAAUGAUUCUUUUUGAAUUGCACUCUAAACAACAUGUUUGAAAAGUUUAACUUAUGAGGUGACACAUAUAAAAUAUAUCUUUAAGUUGUGUGUAAACAAUCUGGAAAUCUGAUAGUUAAUAAAAGUUUGUGUUCUUAAAGAAACUA